AUAAAAGCCUGGCGCUAAACCCCGCCUCGCUGGGAACGCUUGUCAGUUCGAAGCAAGAGCGACAGAGACGUGGCCGCCCGCCCUCUGCCCCCUCCUUCCUUCUCACCGCUGCCAUAGCAACCCCAGAAGGGGCACUUGAGGGGCGACAGGCGCGCGGGGGACGUGCCAGUUUUCACGCAGGGCUUCCUCGUGCGCGCGGCGGGGGGGCCGCUCUGGCGGCCUUGCCACUUCCUGGCGGGCUACGGUCGCGCUGGCUAGACGGGCCCAGGGAAGCGUGAGGUGGGGCUCGGGCAGAAUACAGAAUCCUAAUGAAGCUUUUCAACCUUACCGUGAGGAACGUGGUUUCUCAAGUAUAUUGCGGGCUUAAAUUUGCUCCAGCCAAGAAAGAAAGGGCAUACUUUGAAAUGGCACGACCCAGUUCAAAUAUUGCUGAAUUUCGAGAGAUAUUUGCUAAAGCAAAACAUAUAGCAAUUAUCACAGGGGCUGGAAUUAGUGCAGAGAGUGGCGUUCCAACUUUCCGAGGUGCAGGAGGCUUUUGGAGAAAAUGGCAUGCACAAGAACUGGCUACCCCAGAAGCUUUUGCAAGGAAUCCCUCUAGAGUGUGGGAAUUCUAUCAUUACCGUAGAGAAUUAAUGAUGACCAAACAACCAAACCCCGCACACCUUGCCAUAGCAGAGUGUGAGGCUAAGAUAAGCAAGCAAGGCAGGAGUGUUGCGAUCAUCACACAAAACAUUGAUGAACUCCACAAAAGAGCAGGAUCAAAGCAUGUUUUAGAAAUUCAUGGUAGCUUAUUCAAAACCCGAUGCACCAGUUGUAGAAACGUGGUGGAGAAUUACAACAGUCCAAUCUGUCCUGCUUUAGCUGGAAAAGGGGCUCCAGAUCCUGAAACGGAAGAAGCUACUAUUCCUGUGGGAGAUCUCCCUCGAUGUGAACUGUGCAGUGGCCUCUUGCGACCUCAUGUUGUAUGGUUUGGAGAAACUUUGGAUUCUAAUAUCCUUACAGAGGUUGAAAAAGAACUUGAGAUAUGUGAUCUUUGUUUGGUGAUUGGAACUUCUUCUAUAGUAUAUCCUGCUGCUAUGUUUGCUCCUCAGGUAUCUGCCAGGGGAGUGCCAGUUGCAGAAUUCAACAUGCAAAGCACUCCAGCAACGGAUAAGUUCAGAUUCCAUUUCUCAGGUCCUUGUGGUACUACGCUUCCUCCAGCCCUUGCCUAUGAAGAAACGGAGACCACCUCUUGAAUAUUUAUGAGAAGUAAGAAAGAGAAAAACUAUAAUUGCCAAUUUCAGUAAUGGUGCAAAUGUAAGAGGAACCAGUUCUCCUGUGGAAAACACCUUGCCUGAAACUGAACAAUGGAAUGUAAAGAUGACGGUGAACAAAAUAAAUCAUGAUUCUCAGAUGACAAGAAUGAGCAGUGGUAAAGGAUGAUGGACAGAGACAUGAAAAGUGGUUAUCACUGUUGGGGGGAAAAAUCAUGUGAAUUAAAAGUGUAAAUAUACAAACUGCUCAAAUAUGGUGAACAAGAGAUUUGUACUCUUAAGAGUUUCAGAUUGUAUCUUUGAUAAAUGUCAUGCAAAGAGAGAAUGUUACCAUUAUUCAUAUUUCACAAAAUUAUUUUCUGAAAAUGGGUAAAACUGAAAAAUUUAAGAAUAAGCUAGCUUUUAAUAGAGCCUACACUCCAGUACUUUGCAGGAAAUCAAUAAACAAAGUUAUCUUUGUUACAAAAUGAAGCACUCAAGAUUGUAAGCAAUAUAAAAAAUAGAUUAAUAGCUUCAAUUUACAUAUGGUUGCCUACUUCCAUUUCACUUCCAGAGCUGAAUGAAUAUAUGUAUGAACUUAAUUACAGCUUUCUUUGCUGUUCUAAAGCACUAAAAUAAAUCAAUGCCUUUUUAAUUGA